GUUGAUGCAUGAUCUAGAUCGAGGCCGUGAUCCUCAUGAGGCACAGAAUAGCCAAGUCUAGACUUGAGAUGCCGUAAAACAUCGGCAACAACUGUUACAGCCCAAAUUCUUUUUUCAUUUUAUCUUGUCUCCCUAGCAGCCCCUGUCCGUCCGUAUGCACGUGCAUCAUGAACUGAGGCAUCACAUCACGCAGCACCAAAAUGAACAUUAGUGAGAGUGACUAUUUACAGUAGCGCAAGGGCAGCGGGAUGAGGUGUCCACGUCGCAGCGGAUAGUGGGUUUUUGUCCCGUAGCCAAGCUUCAACAGCCGAAUUUGAGGAGGAGGAUUGAUUUCGUCCGCGGGCCCUGACCCUUUUGGAGAUUUCCAGAAAUAAAGUUUCGGGGGUUGACAAUGGGAUCAUGAAUUACUCUUCAGAAACAGGGUCUUGUUUUAGAGUAUCAUUUUUCGUAUUUGCCCAGACAUUAAUUGCCAUUCGUUUCAUAUCAAUCCCACAAAUCGCAUGCGUAUUGCACAGGUUUUACCGGUUUCUCGUUUUACUGUCACUGUGCUAUCAUCCGGGAUCAAAGCGUCUGUAACCUGCAGACUAUCAGUCUGCAUUCAGAGAAGGGCAGUGAUUUGCAAUGCCUUCCAAGGCCAGCUGUCCCAGGUUCCAGAUAGAGAUAGAGAGGGAGAGUGCCGGGGUCAUCCACUCCACUCCAUCCACCCAUCCAUCAGCCAUCUUCAAUUACCGCUUGCUGAUGAUGGAGUGCACCAGAGAGCGAUUGGCCAGUGUCGAUCUAGCCCGAAACCAGGAUUUGGCCUGUGUUUCCCAGCAGACCUUCAGGCACUUGGCGAUGAGCCUGCAGGCUGGGCGCUACACUGUGACGUCGACAUCAGCACCUUGUGCCAUGCCAGCUUGUCAAGUCACCCUGACGUUGAUGCAUGGCAUCACACCUCUACUGUACGCGGGAUAUCUUAUGAUAAUAUUCUCAGCAGCCAUAGGAGAAGCCAAGAUGGAGGAAUUCGAGAGACGGUAUAAAGCAGCCACAAUCCCUCCAAGUCCAGGGGAAGCAUAAAUUUGCAAGCAGCCGCGUUUUUUUUUUUUUUUUUUUUAACUUCUUUUUCGCGAUUCUCUGCUGUAUUUUGCUGGGCUGAGACAUGACUUCACCUUGAUUAAGGGGGUCCUCUUAGUGCUAAGCUUUUUCGCCUGUGGUCGCAUUCUGCAGUUUUGCACUACACGCUACAAGCCUCCUCCCAUUGGAUUCACACACACCCAACCCACCCCUGACAACCUGAGCUGAGCUACCGUACCUUAGCCAACAUCUGAGGAAACCAACUUUUUUCCCUGUCUAAUCUAACUAAAGUAUCUAUCUAUUGACUGGGCUGGAUACGUUAAUUACAUAUAGCCCGCCAUCACCAUCCACCUUUUGUUCUAUCUUUUUCGAGUUUUCGUUCUUCGUUCCUAACUUUGGUUGCAAGAGCGUAGAUUCCAUUGGAACGCGCCUGCCUCCCGUCUCAACCUAAUCUAACUGCCACCCGCCCCCCGCCAACGGAAGGGUCAAGGUACUGUAGUACUACCUUGCAGCUUGAGUGAGGUUCCCGUCCUCCCUUGACGACGCGGCCCCAAGUGCCAACUUAAUUUCUUCAAUUUCUUCCUAAUAACUUCACUUCACGACCUUGUCGACGUUGCGCGUCGAAUUAAUCGAGUCGAGAACCAGAAACCGAUUCUAAUCGCCCAAAUCGAGGGCUCAUACUACAACAUCCACCCUUGACGUAAGGUAGUCCAAGAUAACUGCAACUGGACUGCAAUCAUGGGAAACUUCAUCAGUUGGUUGGAGGACAACCUCCCCGCCCCCGACACGAGCAACUCGGGUGGUGCCAGAGGAACGCAGCCUCAAUCCCUUUCGGGCAUGGUUUCGACUCUCGUUCCCGUCCUUGUAGUAUCGGGGGUCUACCUCGCCGUUUUCCUUGUCUUUCGUAAAUCCAACCGGCGUUUCUAUGCGCCUAGGACGUAUCUGGGCUCCUUGCGCGAGCAUGAACGGAGUCCCGCGCUACCUAGUGGUUUAUUCAACUGGAUUGGCGCUUUUUGGAAGCUCCCCGAUGCGUACGCUCUUCAGCACCAGAGUCUCGAUGCAUACCUCUUCAUUCGAUUCCUUCGCAUUUGCUGCACCAUCUGCUUCGUGAGUCUUUGCCUCACAUGGCCUGUUCUCUUCCCAGUCAACGCCACUGGUGGAAACGGAAAGAAGCAGCUUGAGAUUCUCUCAUACGCCAAUGUCAACAUUGAUAAUUCGACUCAGAGGAACAGGCUCUACGCCCACUGCUUUAUUGCCUGGCUCGUUUAUGGCUUUGUCAUCUACACCAUCAUGCGCGAGUGCAUCUUCUACAUCAGCGUGCGACAGGCUUUCCUUCUUACUCCCCAGUAUGCCAAGCGCAUCUCAUCCCGCACUGUUCUCUUCACUUCUGUUCCCAAGGAGUAUCUCGAUGAGGCCCGCAUUCGCUCCCUUUUCAACGACUCGGUCAAGAAUGUUUGGAUCCCCGGUGACACUAAGGACCUCGACAAGAUCAUUGAGGAGCGCGACGAUGCCGCCAUGAAGCUCGAGAAGGGAGAGGUCAAGCUCCUCAAGCUUUGCAACAAGGAGCGCAUCAAGUCCAUGAAGAAGUCGGGUACCGAAGCUGAGAAGGUUGCCUCUGGCCCAUCUGACCCCGAGUCCGGAGACAUGGCUGCCCGCUUCAUCCCCCCUAAGAAGCGACCUACUCACCGUACUGGCCCUCUGGGACUCAUCGGCAAGAAGGUUGAUACCAUCGAAUGGGGCCGUGAGGAACUCAAGACCCUCAUCCCCAAGGCCGACAAUGCCCAGGCUGACUGGCUCGCUGGCAACUACGAGAAGCACUCUGCAGUGUUUGUCGAGUUUUACACCCAAUCUGAUGCCCAGGCUGCUUUCCAGACUACCACUCACCAUCAUGCCCUCCACAUGGCUCCUCGUUUCAUCGGUGUCAAGCCUGAUGAGAUUGUCUGGAAGAGCUUAAACUUCCCCUGGUGGCAGGUUGUCAUUCGCCGAUAUGUCGUCUACGCCAUCAUUGCUGUUCUCAUCAUCUUCUGGGCUGUUCCCGUCGCCAUCGUUGGUGUUAUUGCUCAGGUCAACACUAUCAAGACUCUUCCUGGUCUUACUUGGAUUCAGGACAUUCCUUCGGUCAUUCUUGGUGUUGUCUCUGGCCUUCUGCCUUCCGUUGCUCUCUCUAUUCUCAUGUCCUUGGUUCCUGUUUUCAUGCGACUCUGUGCCAGGCAGGCUGGUUGUGUUUCCAUCUCUCAAGCCGAGCUCUUCACCCAGAACGCAUACUUCGUUUUCCAAGUUAUCCAGGUUUUCCUGGUUCAGACUCUGGCAAACAGUUUCGUUUCGUCAAUUGCGACAAUCGUCAAGGAGCCUAGUCAGGUGUUCAGCAUGCUGUCAUCUUCCAUCCCUACCGCCUCCAACUUCUACAUUUCUUACUUCAUUGUUCAGGGUCUGACCAUCGCCGUCGGCGUCCUGACUCAAGUUGUUGGGUGCAUCAUUUUCAACCUUUUGUACAAGUUCCUGACCAGCACUCCACGAUCCAUGUACAACAAGUGGACUACUCUCAGCGCUCUCACUUGGGGAAGUCUUAUGCCCGUCUACACCAACAUCGCUGUCAUUAGCAUCGUCUACGCUGUCAUUGCACCUGUCAUGCUCUUCUGGUCUACAAUCGGUAUGGGCUUGUUCUACCUUGCCUACCGCUACAACAUUCUGUUUGUUACCGAGACAAAGAUCGAUACUAGAGGUCUCAUCUACCCUCGUGCUCUCAAGCAGCUCUUCGUCGGUGUUUACCUCGCUGAGGUCUGCCUUGUCGGCAUGUUCAUUAUUUCCAAGGCUGCUGGUCCUGCUGUCUUGAUGGCUGCUUUCCUUGUCUUCACCAUUCUGUUCCACAUCUCCCUCGCCAAGGCUCUUAACCCCCUCCUUUACAGUCUGCCUCGCUCACUUGAGGUUGAGGAGGAGCGAAUUCAGCGAAGUCUGCAAGGCUCAGAGUUGGAGGAUGGGCAUGUGCAGAAUGGAGAGGGUGCCGCUUCCAACGUUGCUUCCAACGGCACUGGCAAGAGUCAAGGUGUUGGCAAGUUCGUGCCUGGCGGUACUGACAGCGUUCAGAAGAAGGGCAAUUUCUUCUCCAAGUGGCUCAAGCCCUGGGUCUACGCCGAUUAUGCCACCAUGCGCCAGUUGGUGCCUCAUGAGAGCAGCAUGGGACUCGAGUAUCCUGAGGAGGUCGAGCGUGACGCUUACUUCCCACCUUCAGUCACAAGCGAGACACCUAUCCUCUGGAUUCCUGCCGACCCCGCUGGUAUUUCCAAGCAGGAGGUGCUCAACACAAGCAAGGUGAUCCCCAUCUCAGACGAGGGCUGCACUCUCAACGACAAGAACCACAUCGAGUGGGACACUGAGGGAGCGCGACCUCCUAUCUGGACCGAGAAGAUUUACUACUAAAGGUGGACAUGAUUUCGUUAGUGUGAUUGAUACCCAAACACAUGCCAGCUAUCAGGCUGUGUUGCUUUGAAGACGUGGGAGUGGUUGAAUGAGAUAUUGGAGGAUUGGGGAACGGAAAAAACACGACAGUAUUGGAUUUAGUCAAGAUGGAUAUCUCAUCGAUUGUGUCAAUGUCAGUAUCCUGCACAGUUGUUGGAUCAAAUAGUCAUAUAGUCAAUGAAUUCUAAUGCUAAUGAGAAUUGCUUGCAAGUCAGUGAUUGGUAGCAGUGAGUAGGAACAAGAGGGACUAGGAAGAUAUCUUGCAACUCAUCUCUAGCGAAGAGCACUGGGUAUAAUAUAUGGCCUCAUGAUUCAAGACCCAAGGUUGACUACAUUGGUCACUCGGACCCUGUGCAGACCAAAUAUGUAUGCAUGUCUAGUCCGGCAUAUCCUCUAUCUUUGAUUUAAGGUUCCUUGAUAGUUGAUUGGGCAACUAGAAGUAUUAUGUACCACACAGGAUGGCUUUUAGUAUUUACCUUGUAACCCGCAGUAGGGUUACAACUCGCCAAAGGAUGGACAAGGCUUUUACAACUGAACUAUUGGUUACAACUGAAACAUGAGAACAAAGAGCACAAUAGAGAGAGAGGGAGGGAGGCUUAUGAGUGCAGAUGGUUUGGUUGUUGGGGUGAGUUGAUAGACGAAACAGGGAUUUCCUUGAUCGAAUGGGCUUAGCAUUAGGUAGGCCUAGCACCUACCAAACUUUACUGGGAAGUGGAUAGCGGCAGCCACAAUUGAAGCCACAACCGCCAUUGUCGUUAAAGCCGUGGAUAUCGAGUGCAUUGGAGACACUGACUAGGCAGUAUGUUGUUAUCGCUAUUGUGCCGCAACCAACAAUGACUGCAGAUAUAAACAAUUGUAGCUCAG